CCUACAGUCCUACUUGCUGGAGCUGGAGACUUUAAAACAAAACUAUUAGCAGCCAUCUUUGUUGACAGCCAUUUGAAACCCUAAAAUCUUAUUCCGAAAAUUUCAUCGUUAACAGUUUCUCUCUCUAUUUUCCGUCAUAUUGAGCUCGCCGCUACGUCCAACUCCGCCGUUCUCGGGGAUCGCCGGAGCGAGAGACUGCUGCGUCAAUCUGAAAUCAGCUUCAGCUCCAAAAUGGCGAGUCCAGUCGAAUCAUUAAAUUCCAUUGCUUCGUCAAUCUCAACAUCAUCCACCAAACGCCGAAUUCAGAUUUUCCGAAAUGAGAUUCCUAACAUUCUCCGUAAUUCUGAGAUGACAACUGAAAUUGCUUCCCUGUUGGUAGAAGUAGUUUUCAAAACAGUAUUUAUUUAUGAUGAUCGAGGAUCAAGGGCCGCAGUGGAUGAUGUGAUUAUCAAAGCAUUGGGUGAAAUUGCUUUUAUGAAAGCUUUUGCUGGCACCGUUGUACAAUUCAUGGAAAAACAGUUCAACUUCCAAUCCUAUAUAGGGUGCCACAGGCUCUUAAGUUGGUCUUGUCUUCUCCUAACUAAUAGCCAGUUUUCCGCUGUAUCAAAGAACGCAGUUUGUCGACUAGCGCAAGCACAAGCAUCAGUCUUGCAUAUUGGCAUGCAAGGAUCGUCCCAUGUCAGAAGGACCUGCAAAAGAAGCUUAUUCUUUUUGUUUUCAAAGGCACCAGAUAUUUACAAAACUUUCAUGGAGGAACUAAGGGAUUCAAGGAUCACUUACAAGGAUUGUCCUAAGCUUAUACUCUUGAUGCUAGAAUUUUCAAGUAUAAAUCCACCUUCAUUUGAUCAAUGGAAGCAAAAUUUUCUUGAGAUGUAUGUUAAAGCUGUUCUAAAUGCAAGAGAAAAACCACCAAAGGGCCUCAGUGAUGCUUUCAUUCCAUUAUUUUCUCGUUUGACACAUGAUGAUUUUAAGAACACUGUCAUUCCCUCAUCUGUCAAGAUGUUGAAACGAAAUCCGGAGCUUGUCUUGGAAUCAGUUGGAAUCCUUUUGCAAUCUUCCAAACUCGACUUGAGUAAAUAUGCCGUAGAGAUUCUUUCAGUUUUAUUGACACAGGCGAGACAUGCAGAUGAAGCUAGAAGGAUUGCUGCGUUAUCCAUCGUAAGGUGCUUAAGCAUAAAAUCUAGCAGUCCAGAUGCUAUAGAAGCGAUGUUUAAUGCAGUCAAAUUGGUUAUUGGAGGUUCGGAAGGAAGGCUUACAUUUCCCUAUCAGAGAGUUGGCAUGAUAAAUGCACUGCAAGAAUUAUCAAAUGCCCCAGAAGGAAAACACCUUAACAGCUUGUCAAAGACUAUUUGUAAUUUCCUUCUGUCCUGUUACAAGGAUGAUGGUAAUGAAGAGGCCAAGCUUGCAUGUUUAUCUUGUUUGGCUGCUUGGACCGCACGAUGUGCUGAUGCUAUUCAGCCGGAUGUCAUAUCUCUCAUUGCAUCAGGGCUCAAAGAGAAGGAAGCACUUAGAAGAGGUCAUCUUCGCUGCCUGCGAGCAAUGUGCCAAAAUGCUGAUGCUCUUCCACAGAUGUCCUCUCUGCUGGCAGCUCUUAUACAACUUGUUAAAUCUGGUUACACAAANCCGAAAGCAGCACAACGGUUGGAUGGAAUUUAUGCAUUGCUCUGUGUGGCAAAACUUGCUGCAGUGGAUGUUAAAGCAGAUGAAAUUAUAAUAAAGGAGAAAAUUUGGUCAUUGGUAUCACAGAACGAGCCGUCAGUUGUGCCAAUUCCUCUGGCCUCAAAAUUAUCAACUGAGGACUGUUUGGCUUGUCAUGACCUUUUUGAGGUGAUGCUGGUAGAUCAUUCACGAAGGGUAUUGGAGACUUUUGAAGUUAAGACAUUAAUGCAGUUUAUACUCUUUUUACAAUGCCAUCCAAGUUGGGAUAUCCGGAGAGUAGCUUAUAAAUCUACGAGGAGGAUACUUUCUGCUACCCCGCAGUUAUCUGAAACUUUAAUGGUUGAAUUUUCAUGUUACCUCUCAGUUGUUGGUGAAAAGGUUCUUCAAAUGAAGAUGAGCGAAAAUGAAAAUUUAUUGGAUGCUCAAGUUCCAUUUGUUCCAUCUGUUGAGGUUAUGGUGAAGGCUUUGAUUGUAAUGUCGUCUGCUACUUUGGCUGCUGCACCAAGUGCGUGUUUGCAAGUUGUUUUUUGCUCGCAUCAUCCAUACCUAAUUGGCACAGCUAAAAGAAAUUCUGUGUGGAGGAGGGUGCAAAAAUGUUUGCUAAAACAUGGUAUUGAUGUCAUUGGUCUUGUCACAACUAAUGUGGUUGGCUUGUGCAAGGGUUUGUUGGGAUCGACGGGUCUGCUGAGUGGUAAUCAUUUUGAGCAAGAGGCAGCAAUAAACUCCUUAUCAACUUUGAUGUCCAUGUUACCUAAAGAAACCUACACGGAGUUUGAGAAGCACUUCAACAAUCUUCCAGACCGUAGCACGCAUGAUAUGUUAUCUGAAAAUGACAUUCAGAUUUUUCAAACUCCUGAAGGAUUGCUUUCUACUGAACAAGGGGUUUACAUUGCUGAAUCUGUUGCAACUAAGAACACAAAACAACCAAAAGGCCGUUUUAGGCUUUACGAUAAUAGUGAUGGCCCUGACCAAAUGAAUUCUAAUCAUACUGUAAGGCGUGAGCCCUCUAGCAAAGAGGUUACUGGAGUGGCGAAAAAAGAUGGUGGAAAAUCAUCAAAGAAAGCUGAUAAUAAAGAUAAGGGAAAAAGUGCAAAGGAAGAGGCACGGGAGGUGCAGCUAAGGGAGGAAGCAUGUAUACGUGAAAAGGUCAUGGUUGUAAAAGAGAAUCUUUCUUCAAUGUUGAAAGCUCUGGGAGAAAUGGCCAUAGCUAAUCCUGUUUUCACUCACAGUCAGUUACCUUCCUUGGUGAAGUUUACCAAUCCUCUUCUACGGUCACCAAUAGUUGGUGAUGUGGCUUAUGGAACGCUGGUGAAGCUUUCAAAGUGUACUGCUGCUCCUCUUUGUAACUGGGCUCUUGAAAUUGCAACAGCAUUAAGGUUAAUUAUGUCAGAGGAUGUUAAUGUCUUAUGGGGUCAAAUUCCUUCUGCUGGUGAGGAGGUAUCAAAUGAAAGGCCUGGUCUCUUUGAGCGCGUGACAAAUGGCUUAUCCGUCUCUUGCAAAACCGGUUCUAUCCCUGUGGAUUCGUUUACUUUUGUUUUCCCUAUAAUGGAGAGAAUAUUGUUAUCUCCCAAGAAGACCAGACUUCAUGAUGAUGUUCUCAAGAUAAUAUUCUUGCAUUUGGAUCCGAUUUUACCCCUACCUAGAGUUCAAAUGCUCUCAGUUCUUUACCAUGUCCUGGGGGUUGUUCCUGCUUAUCAAGCAUCUAUUGGACCGGCACUAAAUGAGUUAUGCCUUGGGCUGCGAUCAGCUGAAGUGGCACCUGCUCUAUCUGGUGUUUAUGCUAAAGAUAUCCAUGUAAGGAUGGCUUGCUUAAAUGCUGUGAAAUGCAUUCCUGCUGUGUCUCGUCAUUCUGUCCCACAAAGUAGUGAAAUUGCCACCUGCAUCUGGCUUGCUUUACAUGAUCCUGAAAAGUGUGUUGCUGAAGCUGCUGAAGACAUCUGGGAUCAUUACGGAUAUGACUUAGGGACAGAUUACUCAGGCAUCUUCAAAGCUCUUUCCCAUGUUAAUUAUAAUGUGCGAGUGGCUGCUGCUGAGGCCUUGGCUGCUGCUUUAGAUGAAAGUCCAGAUACGAUACAGGAAUGUCUUUCAACUUUAUUUUCUUUGUACAUCCGUGAUGUUGGUUCUGGUGAAGACAACAUCGAUUUUGGCUGGAUAGGCAGACAAGGAAUAGCAUUGGCUUUACUUUCUGUGGCAGAUGUUCUUAGAGCAAAGGACCUUCCUGUUGUUAUGACAUUCUUAAUUUCAAGGGCACUGGCGGAUCCUAAUGCAGAUGUUAGAGGAAGAAUGAUAAAUGCCGGUAUAGUUAUUAUUGACAAACAUGGAAGAGACAAUGUCUCACUGCUAUUCCCUAUUUUCGAAAACUACUUGAACAAAAAGGCUUCAGAUGAGGAGAAAUAUGAUCUGGUCCGUGAAGGUGUAGUAAUAUUUACCGGAGCUUUGGCAAAGCAUUUGGCCAAGGAUGACCCUAAGGUUCACGCAGUUGUGGAGAAGUUGCUGGAUGUACUCAACACUCCUUCUGAAGCUGUUCAGCGAGCUGUCGCUACCUGCCUUUCUCCACUUAUGCAAGCAAAGCAGGAGGAUGCACCAUCUCUGGUUUCUAGGCUUUUGAAUCAGCUAAUGAAGAGUGACAAAUACGGAGAACGCCGGGGUGCAGCAUUUGGACUUGCAGGGGUGGUUAAGGGAUUUGGAAUAGCUUGCCUGAAGAAAUAUGGCAUUGUAAAAGCUUUACAUGAAGGUCUUGCUGACAGGAAUUCAGCUAAGAGUCGUGAAGGUGCACUGCUUGCAUUUGAAUGCUUCUGUGAGAAGCUUGGGAAGUUGUUUGAACCGUAUGUAAUUCAAAUGUUACCUUUCCUCUUGGUUUCAUUCUCUGAUCAAGUUGUCGCGGUGCGUGAUGCUGCUGAAUGUGCUGCUCGGGCAAUGAUGUCUCAGCUUAGUGCUCAAGGAGUGAAACUAAUUCUUCCAUCACUUUUACAGGGCCUUGAAGAUAAAGCUUGGAGAACCAAGCAGAGUAGUGUACAACUUCUUGGUGCCAUGGCGUACUGUGCUCCACAGCAAUUGUCACAAUGUCUCCCUAAGAUUGUGCCCAAGUUAACUGAGGUGCUUACUGACACUCAUCCCAAGGUUCAAUCAGCUGGACAGACAGCCCUUCAACAGGUUGGGAGUGUUAUAAAGAACCCUGAGAUAUCUGCACUUGUCCCUACUCUUCUAAUGGGUCUUACAGAUCCCAAUGAGUAUACAAAAUACUCCCUUGAUAUUCUCCUCCAGACAACCUUUGUGAAUUCAAUUGAUGCUCCUUCUCUCGCUCUGCUUGUACCAAUUGUACACCGUGGGCUUCGCGAAAGGAGUGCUGAAACCAAGAAGAAAGCUGCACAAAUUGCUGGAAAUAUGUGUUCAUUAGUGACAGAACCUAAGGACAUGAUACCAUACAUUGGACUACUGCUACCUGAAGUUAAAAAGGUACUUGUGGAUCCAAUUCCUGAAGUUCGAUCUGUUGCUGCAAGAGCCAUUGGUUCUCUUAUACGGGGGAUGGGAGAAGAGAAUUUCCCAGACCUGGUGCCUUGGUUGUUAGAUACAUUGAAGUCUGAUGGAAGCAAUGUUGAGCGUUCUGGGGCUGCACAAGGACUAAGUGAGGUAUUGGCCGCAUUAGGAAUAGAGUACUUUGAGAAUAUACUUCCUGAGAUCAUAAGAAAUUGUUCUCAUCAAAAGGCAUCAGUUCGUGAUGGGCACUUGGCGCUCUUUAGGUAUCUGCCAAGAUCUUUAGGCAUCCAAUUCCAGAACUAUUUGCAGCAAGUUCUGCCAGCGAUCUUAGAUGGGUUGGCCGAUGAGAAUGAAUCUGUGCGUGAGGCAGCACUCAGCGCCGGCCAUGUUCUGGUGGAGCAUUACGCAACCACAUCUUUGCCUCUGCUUCUUCCUGCUGUGGAAGAAGGUAUUUUCAAUGAUAACUGGCGUAUCAGGCAGAGUUCUGUAGAGUUGCUGGGUGACCUUUUGUUCAAGGUUGCUGGAACAUCUGGAAAAGCACAUCUUGAGGGCGGGAGUGAUGAUGAGGGUGCCAGUACUGAGGCUCAAGGACGGGCUAUUAUUGAGGUACUUGGAAGGGAAAAACGCAAUGAAGUCCUUGCUGCAUUGUAUAUGGUCCGAACCGAUGUCAGCAUAACCGUGCGGCAGGCUGCUUUGCAUGUAUGGAAGACCAUUGUUGCAAAUACCCCGAAAACAUUGAAGGAGAUAAUGCCUGUACUGAUGAGCACAUUGAUAAGUUCUCUAGCAUCUUCAUCCUCUGAAAGGAGACAGGCUUCUGGACGAGCAUUGGGUGAGCUUGUUAGGAAGCUUGGUGAAAGAGUCCUUCCUUCGAUUAUCCCAAUAUUAUCACAGGGUCUAAAAGAUCCUAAUCCAAGUAGAAGACAAGUGAGUACUUUACCUCCUCCACAUGCUUCCAGGUGUUUUCUUUAAGCUCUCUGAGUGUUU